CCACAUUACUGCAGUGGAGAUCACGUUACCUCGUGUCAUGCUUCACCUCAUCCUUGUUCAUCCAACCAAGCAGGACGCGUCUGCCUACUUCAGAAGCUACCUUCAUCAUUGCUCUCGAAUUCUAUAAGGCAUAAACACAAACAAUUUGACGAGCUUACGUGUAUCCAUAUCAAACCUCAAAAUGCCUGAGAUCGCUGAAGUUGCGCGGAUUGUUCAUCAUUUGAAGAAGAGUCUCGUUGGCAAAACUCUCUCUGUAGUCAAGGCUCAAGAUGAUGCAAACGUGUUUGGAAAAGUUGGGACCAGCGCGACGGAGUUUCAGACGUCCUUGACAGGAAAAAAAGUUCUGGAUGCUGGCCAGCAAGGCAAAUAUUUUUGGAUGAUCAUGUCAUCUCCACCGCAUCCAGUGUUUCAUUUCGGAAUGACCGGGUGGUUUCAUAUUCGAGGAGAGCAGACUGCUUACUAUCGACCGAAGGAGACAGACAAAGAAGAAGUAUGGCCACCGAAAUUUUGGAAGUUCGCCCUGGAGACCGACAGCGAGCCCAAGGUCGAAGCAGCAUUUACGGAUGCUCGGCGAUUUGCUCGUAUCCGACUUGUCGACUGCGCUGCCGAAGACAUCAGAAACACGUCACCACUCAAAGAGAAUGGCCCUGACCCAGUCAUUGACAAGGACAUCUUGACAGAAGAAUGGCUCCUAGAGAAGAUGAAGAAGAGGCAUGUUCCUGUGAAAGCUUUCAUGUUGGAUCAAGCAAAUAUCAGCGGUAUUGGCAACUGGGUCGGUGAUGAAAUUAUGUACCACGCAAAGCUUCACCCAGAGCAAUACACCGACACUUUCAGCGCGGACCAAAUCAAGCAGCUUCAUACGUCUAUGCUCUAUGUCUGCCAGACAGCAGUCGAUCAUUUGGCAGAUUCGAGCAAGUUCCCAGAGGAAUGGCUAUUCAAGCAUCGAUGGGGCAAGGGAAAGAAAGAUGCGGCGACCACUUUACCCAAUGGAGCAAAACUUACCUUCCUAACUGUUGGCGGCAGGACAAGUUGCGUGGUGCCAAGCAUUCAGAAGAAGACUGGGCCAGUUGCUGCUGAUGUAGAUGGGAAAAUGGGCGGCGGUGCAGGAAACAGCGCAGAUGCUGGGGAGGGAAGCAUAAGUAAUAAAGCCAAGGGACCUUCGAAGAAGCGGAAGAUUGUCCUCAAAGAAGAGGAGGAUGAGGAGGAUCUUAAUGAAGGGGAUAUUACUCCCGUAAAAAAGAAGCGCACCUCCACCAGCAAGAAGGAUCUCAAGACGGCAGAACCCAUACCUCAAAAGCCAAGGAGAUCGAAGAAGCUGAACGUGGAAAAAGGGACAACAAAGUCUCCUCCUGCCUCUAAGAAGGGAGGCACAAAGGCCAAGGUCGAGAAUGAGCCUGUGAGUGGCAGACGUCGAUCUGGUCGGGUUACGAACGGAAAGAUUUAAUCCAACGGUUUCGGAUUGUACGAACGCAGCAACAGUGUACGACAUUUGAAGAUGAAGAAGCCAUCAUAUACCAAACCCAAAUGCACAGAAAAAGUCGCGUGGGUCGCACAGCACAAAAAUGGUUGAGAAGUUAUGAUCAUACCAGAUCGGUCUCACCAACAACCUCGCUGAUAACACAUUAUUUUAAGUUCUUUGGGCACCCAAUGAUUUUCGUAUCCGUAUUUCCAGCACUGAGUUUCUUUGGGGUUCUAACCUUAUAUGGAGCAUGGAGCAUCUCGUCAGCGUGGGGUAGACUGGGUGUUGUAUUAAAGUUGCGGGUCCCAGCUUGUCUCCAUGUUUGGGAACGAGAUCCCUAGUCGGGACUCGAUUUAUGUAACUUUGUUUGUUCUUGCUUCGCCAUCUGAAUAAUUUGUUCUCAACUUUCAAAAACUUUUGAGGCGACUACGCCGCACAUGGCUAUUUCUUGGCUGCUUGUCCUUCUCGUGUUCGUUCAUACGCCUCUUUCAUUGGUGGUAUUUCGUUUGGCAGCGCUUGGCAAAAAUGGCCUCCGUAUCUCCCCGUCACCGUCGCAGACAUCUGGAUACAAUUUUCAUCCGCCAUUUCGAAGAUAACUGCAUGUGGUGUUGUGGCACAACUUGGCAUGACUCAAAGUGAUCAAGCCCAUUGCAGUCUUGCGAGUUGAUAUUGUUAGCGGGGGGUUUGACAGAUAUGAAGUCGCAUGGCACGCUCCGCACCGUUGCCCGAGUCGGCGGAGCAGAUUAGGUUCAAGAUUGCAAUUCUAGUAUGCGGCGUUGUGAUGGUUCUGCCUGCCAUUGUGUCAAUCAAAGAAGCUACCCGGCGUUCGCUUAUUCUGGAGCGCAUUUCACCAUGCCAGAGCCGCCUGGGCAUGCUAUCCUUGCUAUCCUUGCUAUCGUUCCUGUGAUUCUGUGAAGCUGAGUGGACUCGGAUAGCGGAUGUCUGGCCAUCCGUCGGGCUUGUCGUCUUGUGAGAGGCUCUCGCAAUGUUCGCACCCACUGUACGGAGUAUUCGUAUUCUUCUUCGCAUUCGCCUGCAGGGAUGGUAAGGGACUAGAAGGGAAGGGAAGCUGCACUCGGCCUGGACCCUUCGCGUGCACAUGAAAUUAUUGUUCAUCUGGUCUUCUCAUAUUCGGUCUUGGCUUUGUUUCCAUGCUUCUCUCUUCUCUCCUGAUACCCCACCUGCUUGUUGUGACCUUUUACAGUUGUUGGCAGUCCUCAUGUCGUCAACCAUCUCAUCUUCUUCCUCUCCUUUAAAUAAUUGACUGUACUAGUAUUUCCUAAUUCGUCGGCCCC